AUGGGCAUCGAAAAGCCGUCCGAUGAGGAAGACGAGGAGGAGAAGGAUGAUGAUGAUGGUGAAGCUAUGUCGGAUACGGUAUGGGAAAAGGGGUUGACACUAGUGGCAGCGGCUGGAUUGAAUGGGGAUGGACUAUCCCGGGUCUUGGCCGUCGGCUAUGUCAACCUGCCCGUCAGUUUGAUGGCGGUUGAAGCCCACUCCGGCUUAUCCGAGCUGUCCGAUGGGCCAGCGGGCAACUUGGCUCAGCAGGACCGAGCCCACACCCCUCCACUGGAGGGU